AUGGACGGCUUUCAUGUGACCAUUCGAACCUCAGCAUCUCCUCCGCUGUCAGGAACAUAUGGCAGGGUUUGGAUCUCUUUGAUUGGUACUCUGUGUGAGAGUCCUCCAGUCAGAGUGGAGCACUUUCUCUUGCCAGGCUCAGCCUAUACAGUUGUCAUCAAGCCUAAAGAGGAAGUUGGCAUAGUGGUUCUGUUAAGACUCCGUCUUGAGGCUCAGCCUGGCUUUCCGGACCUGGAUUGGCACUGUCAUGAUGUGCAGGUGAGACGGAGUUCUGAGGAUCUCGAGGUGGAGGUUUUUCCUUGUCAUAAAUGGAUCCGGACAGCAGAUGGUUACAUCGAGCUUCGGAAUGAGAAAGCAUGUCUGAAAAAGAAGGAAACAUUCGAUAUCCUAAUCAAUCACAGAGAGAGGGAUCUCCAACAUAAACAACAGUUUAUGAGGUGGGGCACAUUUGUUGAAGGUGGUCCUCACUGUGUAGAUAUGACCAGUGUUACAGCUCUAGGACCAAACUUGAGUUACAUCCGUCAACGCCCAGUUAACAAUGUGCACUACAUAAAGAGUUUAAUUGAAAGAAGAACAUCUUGGAGCAGCCUACAGGAACUUGAGACAUUCUUCCUUUUCAAUGGAAGGGAGAACACAAUUGCCAAAUAUGUUCAGGCUCAUUGGCAAGAGGAUGCAUUCUUCGGAUAUCAGUGCCUCAAUGGUUGCAAUCCUCUGUGUAUCAGACAGAUCCAUAACCUGCCACCUAACCUGUCUGUCACUUCAGAGAUGGUCAGACCUUUUUUACCAGAGGACUCAUCACUGGGACAGGAGAUGGAGAGAGGACAUGUGUAUCUUUUGGAUUAUGAAGUACUGGAUCAGCUGCCUGCUAAUACUGUCAAUGACAAACAGACCUACUUGGCUGCUCCUUUAUGCCUGCUGCAUUACAGCCGACAAGGAGAACUAAAGCCCAUUGCCAUACAACUUCAACAGGCUCCUGGUCCACAGAAUCCUGUUUUCUUGCCCUCUGAUGCUGCACCGGAUUGGUUGUUAGCGAAGAUGUGGGUCCGUAAUUCAGAUUUCCAGGUUCAUCAGCUACUUACCCAUUUCUUGCGCACUCAUCUUUUAGGUGAGGUGUGCUGUACCGCCACGCUCAGACAGCUUCCCGAGAUUCAUCCUCUUCACCAGCUCCUGAUGCCUCAUAUCCGGAGCACUCUUCAGAUUAACAUUCAGGCUAGAAUCACUCUUCUGGCCACAAAAGGGGUUUUUGACAAGUCAAUUGCCUGUGGUCUGGAGGCAAUACCACUGCUGCUUGCACGAGGAACACAACGUCUCCGCUACAGCUCAAUGUGUGUGCCAGAUGACGUAAGAGUGCGAGGACUGGAUGCACUACCUAUCUGCUAUUAUGCACAAGAUGCACUCAGGGUCUGGGAUGCUCUACAUAGGUUUGUUGCAGGUUGGAUUCGUUUGUAUUACUGCAAUGAUGAGGACGUCCAGCAUGACUGUGAACUACAGAACUGGAUUGGGGAGAUCUUCACGGAGGGAUUCCUCGGCCUCAGUCACAUAGGAGCUCCACAGUCAUUUCAGACCGCAGGCGAAAUGUGCAAGUUUGUUACCAUGGUGAUCUUUUCCUGCUCAGCUCUUCAUGCAGCUGUGAACUUCUCUCAGCUGGAUUAUAACAUUUGGAUACCGAACAGUCCAGCGGCCAUGUCACGUCCACCUUCUCAGACCAAAGGCUCGGUGUCUGAGGAGGAUAUUUUCUCCUUCCUUCCUGAAGUGAACUCCUCUUGCCACGUCCUUAGUGUCCUGUCUCUACUGUCACAACCUGCCAUUGACUUUGUGCCCUUGUGCCAUUAUAAUGAGUGGUACUUCAGCAGUGGUGCAAUUGUCAAGCUUGUGGAGGAGGUCCGGAGAGAGCUGAAAAUGUUAGCAAAAGACAUCGCAGAUAGGAACAGCCAGCUGGAAUUGCCCUAUCCUUACCUGUCUCCAGACUGCAUUGAGAACAGUGUGACUAUUUGAGUUCAGUGUCGAAUUGAAUCAUUAAUUGUAUCUGUAAGGCCACUUAUUUGCAGAACUACAACUUGGUGUUCAUUUGCCACUAUUUUGUAUACUCAAUAACUUGUAUUACAUUUGAGUCUGCAUUUUAUAGGUAUGCAUCUUAAGUCAGAGUAGAGGUAGGUCUUUUGUCUCAGUUUUAACUAUAAUUACAUUUACAUCUUUAAGCAUUUCAAGUUUGAUAUU